ACCCCAGAGCUGGUUGGUUUGUUUCAUGCUUUACAACUCUUUUAUGAACGAUUUUAUGAGAAUGGGAAAAAUACUUCCGGAACACAGGCGGCUGGAAAAGUGGGCGGGCACUAUAUUUAUUUUAUUUGUUUAUUUUUAUUUUAUUUAUUGAUUGAUUGACAAAAACAAUCAAUACAAAGAGAAAUCUUCAUUUAAAUGUAAAGAUAAUAAUAAAAUGAACGGUUGUCAGAGUACAAUACAAUAAAAUAAUACAAAGAGGAGAAGGGAGCCACUUAUGUGAUAAUGGCAUUCUUACAAUUUUACAUGCUCUAAUAGCCUUUUUAAACCUUAAAAUAUUUACAAAACAUUUAGGAAAUAAUUAAUCAAGUAGUUUGGAGCCAGACCAUUUCAUUUUAUGAAUUAAUAUCAACAAUUGUACAUGCUUUAUCUUGAUCUAUCCAAUGGUCAUUGAAGUAUAUUAUUAUUAUGUCAAUUCCACCCAACCGUAAAACAGUAUUUAUUUAUUAAGCUUUCCAUAUCAAUAAAAUAUAUAUUUUUGUAUGUAUGUGUGCAUCAUGUUUGACAGAAUUGGCAAGAGUAAUCGUUAUUUAAUUUAAAACGCUCCCGCACAUGUUUUAAAGGAUGUAGUCUUUGCAUUAUGUUGGUCGCGUUUUGUAUUUUCUUGCGGUUCCUGAAUGCGCUCUGUAGUGAAUUGGAACUACAUUUCCCACAAUGCUUCAGUGCAGCAGUGCGUCAUAUCCUGGAAGCGACACAGUGAUAAAGUUCAGUUUGUUUAGAUUGAGCAUGAUUGUUGCGAUUACAAUUUUAUAAUAAAUGCAAAAUGGGCCAAAUGACGAACGAGAACAGCGUCGGGUUUUCUCAGAUCAUCUGGAGAGUUUGUAAUUUAUUCAUGUCAGUGUUUUUCUCGCUGGCAUCUUACGUGCAAAUAAAUGAUCCAGAUUCUGUUUUGUGGAUGGUUGCUUAUGCGAUUCCAGCUGGAUUGUGCUUUCUGAUUUGCUGUCAACAAGAAAUCACAGAGACAUUAUUUUGGAGGAGAACCGCUGAUCUUUAUGUUCUUGUAUCCACUGCUUUUGUGUUCAUACUGGGCUGGAAUCUUUAUAAAGUGGGAAUUACUGACAUUUUCCAACAAGAGGAAGGAAGGGAAUGUUCUGGACUCCUGCUCACAGUGUUCUGGCUGCUGCUGUGUAGACAUUCAGGAAGGAGUGCUGUUGGCUCUUUCAGGCUGUGCACUGCUGUGGGAGUCACUGUGUUUCCAUUCAUCACAUGGAUUUAUUACUACAUGAACACAGAGAUGAGAAAAGACUGGCCUGAACACUGUACAACUGCACUCUGAUGAACCAGCUCAUGGACAAAAACAAAACAUAAAACGCUUGUAAAGAUUCUCUCUUAUCCAGCUCAUUCUUGACUGCUCUAGUAGAGUUAUCCUAGUUAAUUGAAUGGUUCGGAUCUGUCCGAUUUUUGGUCAUUGUGAUGUGAUGCAAUAAAUGGAAAAAAUGUAAUCAUAAAGAGAAUAUAGAUACAGUAUGUCUGCAAAUCUGAUCAUAUUUACAAAUAUGUUUCACCACAUUAUUUUAUAAACUCUUGAUGUAAACCAGGGGCGUGUCCAUAUGGGUGGCAUGGUGCCACUCCAAAUUCUAAUUGUAUGAUUGGUCAUUUACCCAAGUCGGAGGUGGGCCUUCAAUAACACCAGGUAGAAAUCGUAGCGGCAAGCAGUGUCAAGAAAUUACAGCCAUAUAGUUUGUGAAUUGUCAGUGUAGUAACGCUACAAAAGGAACUAUUAAUGAUGCAUUUUCAGUGCUAUCAUACUACAAUAGUACUUGCACUACAAAAACUACCAUAGUGCAGAAAUGUGCAAUUUGGGAUGCACCAUAAGGGCAAAACCUUCAUCUGAGCAAACUAGGUUUGUAAUAGGUCAGAGUGACAUUUGGUGCCUUAUGUUUUGUAAGAGAAACACCCAGGGAGGGGACGGACAUGAGCUGAGAAGAUAAAGGAGAAAUGGCACCAUUCAUUGAAUCUGUUCAUUGGAAAUUAACAAUUGGCGAGCCUGCCAGGAGCAGAAACGUGUGCUGCCUGAAGAUAUCUCUCCAGCAGAGGGAUCAGGGACCUUGUUAUUCUGUAAUCUACUCCCUCAGAACUGCAGCAAUAAAUUUGUUGCCUUGGAUCAAAGCAUUCAUAUGUGUGCCUCUAAUGUGUGCUAGGCUGCACUGAUGGUUGUACAAAUAGUAAAGCGAAAGUGUAUUGUGUUGAGAUAAACAACAUUUGCAUUUCUUCAAGUCAGAUUUCAAAACAGCCACCUGAAGUCAUUCUGAGAUGUCUCUAAAAACAUCAACGAAUUCAGUGUCCAAGAGAGCAGCUCAGGAUCAGUUAAACUUGAAGGUAAUACCGACUCUAGCAGAGACAAACUUGCUUGUGAUGAAAUUAAUGAAAUCCCUUUGUGCAGCAUUAUGCUUGUUGCAAUAUGUAGGCAUAUUAGUUAGAAAUAAUCAGCACAAAUGCAAUAUAAAUGUUAAGGAAGUAUAUGUAAACAAAAAUUUAUAUUUGGCAAAAGAAGACUACUCUCACUGAGCGCUUUAUUAGGAACUCUAUGGUCCUAAUAAUGUGCCUGAUGUGGUCUUCUGCUGUUGUAACACAUCCGCCUCAAUGUUGUGCAUUCAGAGAUGAUAUUCUGCUCACUACAAUUGUACAGAGCGGUUAUCUGAGUUACUAUAGCCUUUCUGUCAGCUGGAACCAGUCUGGCCAUUCUCUGCUGACCUCUCUCAUCAACAAGGCAUUUCCAUCCUGGAUAUUUUUGUUUUUGGAGUAAAUUCUAGAGACUGUUGUGUGUGAAAAUCCCGGGAGAUCAGCAGUUACAGAAAUACUCAAACCAGACCAUCUGGCACCAACAAUCAAGCCACUCUGCAAAUCACUGAGAUCACAUUUGUUCCCUAUUCUGAUGGUUGAUGUGA